GGGAACACCUGUUACAUGAACGCAACCCUCCAGAGUCUCUUCAGUCUCCGAAUUUUCUCCCAGGACAUCAGGGGAGAGGAAGGCUGCUGGAGGUCAAAUCUGACAGCUUUACUGAAGUGCCUUGCAGAUCUGCACUCAGCAAGGGCCAGUCACAGCAGGCAAAAAAUCAGCCUGCUGAAAACCUUAAAACAGACCAUCGCGACAAACUUCAGCGACUUCUGUGGGACCGAGCAGCAGGAUGCUCAUGAGUUCCUCAGUGUUCUCCUGUCCCAGCUUAAAGAGGAGGGCGUUUCCCUGAGGACAAGGGAGGGGCUGCACUCCUACACCUGUUCCAUUGAGGGAAAUUUUGAAUUUGACCUCCUGACCACCAGAACGUGCCUCAGCUGCGGGGAGAAGGUGCGUAGAACGGAGUCCUACAACUGCUUGUCUGUGGACUUAGUCCCUGGGGGCUCCGUACAAGACAGUUUGGCCCUCUACUUCAAGGGCUAUGAGGUAGAGUGUCGGUGCCAGUGGUGCUCUGGGCAGUUGGCCACUGUGGAGCCAACGUUACAGUCACUGCCUCGAGUGCUGGUUGUGCAGCUGAAACGGUUCAGCUUCAACUCCAGAGGGAACCUGGUGAAGCUGCACGAUCGUCUGCACAUCUCCCCACAACUCAGCCUGCAGGCCCACAGCACGGCCAACGUUCGCUUGCCAGGGACGGCCAAGCCCCACCUCACCCAUGGGGAUUUCUUUGAAACCUCCCCAUCACCAGGGGAUGCUGUUCCCUUUGCAGAACAAAUAUAG